AUGGGAAGCAAAGGAAGAAUGCCUCCUCCGUCUCAUAUGAGGCGUCCUCUUCCAGUCUCCGGCAUCGCUCACCAUCCCGAUGCGGCGGCCGCUUACGGUUCCGGUAUGCCGCCUUCCGCGUAUCCUUCCUUCAGCAUGUUACCUCCACCGGAAGUCAUGGAGCAGAAACUCGCGUCGCAACACGGGGAAAUGCAGAGGCUCGCGAUCGAGAACCAGAGACUCGCCGCAACACACGGCAGCCUAAGGCAAGAGCUAGCGUCGGCACAGCACGAGCUGCAGAUGCUGCACGCGCAGAUAGGGUCGAUGAAGUCCGAGAGAGAGCAGAGGAUGAGCGGUCUCGCUGAUAAAGUCGCGAAGAUGGAGACUGAGCUUCGUAAGUCCGAUGCUGUGAAGCUUGAGAUGCAGGAGGCGCGUGGGGAGGCGCGUAACUUGGUUGUGGCGAGGGAGGAGCUGAUGUCGAAAGUUCAUCAGCUGACUCUGGAGAUUCAGAAGUCUCGCUCCGAUGUGCAGCAAGUACCGGCUUUAUUGUCAGAGCUUGAUAACCUAAGACAGGAAUAUCAGCAGUGCAGAGCAACGUAUGACUAUGAGAAGAAAUUUUACAAUGACCAUAUAGAGUCGCUGCAGGCGAUGGAGAAGAACUAUAUGACUAUGGCUAGGGAAGUGCAGAAACUUCAAGCACAUCUGAUGAACAGUGCAAAUCCGGACAGAAGAGCUGGUGGGCCUUAUGGUGGCAACAUGAAUGCUGAAAAUGACGCUUCUAUGCAUCAGAGUGGACACGGUGUCUAUCAUGAUAAUGCUUUUGCUCCCCAGGGAUAUAUGCCUCCACCAGCUGCUGGUACAGCGACUGGACCAAAUCCAGUUGUUGCUGCUACAGCUCAAUAUUCUUAUCCGGGAGGAACUCAACCAGGAUACUUCCCGCCGCCAAGACCCGGUUAUUACUUCCCAAGAGGGCCUCCUCCUCCUGCUCCUGGCUCGUAUGACCCAACGUGGUUAGCCUCAGGACCACACGGCGGUCCAUUCCCGCCUGGACCACCCAACAAUGCGCCUUACGGCUCUGCUGCAGCAACUGGUCCACGAGGAAACCCUGGUCGAAGAUGA